AACCACCUACACCAUGCCUCGCGCCCCUUUGCAGUCUACUAGUUCUAAUAGGACUGGUAGAAAGGAAUUAGAACCUUUUCAACGGGGCAUUAUAGUUGGACGAUUCCUUGCAGGCCAGAAAAAGGCCGAUAUUCAGCGCGCAAUGCAUUUACCAUAUACAACAAUCCAAACCACCAUUGCAACAUAUCAGUCCUCCACCACUGGCACUAGUUCUUCUCGCAUUGGACGGCCAGAGAUCCUUUCUGAUGCCGAUAAACCUCAAUUAACUGAAGAAAUAGCUAAACUACGCUAUGAAUGGGCAUAUGUGCGCAAGGAUUGGACAUAUGAGCAGUGGAGCAAGAUUAUAUGGA